UUUCUUCCUCGGCUAUGGCAAAAGCGACCCCCACUUGCGAAGCGCUUACGAAGAAUCCGGUUUCGCAGUCAAAAUAUUCCGCCGUUUCUUCCGUCGCUUUUUUAAAAAUAGAGUUGCCCGUGUUGCUCACUGCUGGGUUACGUUCUGUUGACGACGGCAUCGUGUCGUCUUCGAGUGGUUCGCGUAAAAGUUAUGCAAUCAGCUGAUCAUCCAGUUACCUUCUGUCACUUGUCAAAGAUAAAUGUCAAAGCAAUUGGUCUAACCUGACACGCGUAUAUAAGAGUCGGACAUGCAUGAUACCGGAAUUAAGAGUGUAUCUACAUCGUUGAAAAUUUUUCCGCCAUAACGAGUGUCAUAAAUGGCGAUUUAUAGAGGUUCCCUGUCAUGCAGGUGGAUUGGUACGCAGGAUAUGAGCAGCUUGUCAAGCGCAACCUGACUCUGCUCCCCCAUCAAGAAGCAGUGCAGCAGCAGGAGCCACAAUCGCAACAGCUGGCUCAGCAGCAACAGACUGAUAUAAUGACAUCCAUGUUCGAACAACAAAUUAAAAGCGAACCCAUGGGGUUUUAUUCUGUUGCUUCGAGCCGUUCAGAUGGUUCAAAUUCUAUGGUGAAUUUGUCGGAUGAUCGUGAAGACCUUUCUCAACAAGAAGGUCACCUACAACCCCAGCAACAGACUACCUUACAAAUAAAUCAGCAACAGGGUCAACAACAAACUCAACAACAGAGUCAACAGCAAACGCAACAACAGGGUCAACAACAGCAGAGUCAGACUGUGCAACAAGAAGUUCCAAACCGUCAAUCUACCGGACAACAAACUGUCAAAGAGGGUUCACGGUCAAAGCCACAGCCAUGUAAGGUAUGCGGCAAGGUGCUAUCCUCUGCUUCGUCGUACUAUGUACAUAUGAAGCUUCAUUCAGGCAACAAACCAUAUCAUUGUACGGUAUGCGAAGCAAGUUUCUGUCGGAAACCAUACUUGGAAGUGCACAUGAGGACGCACACAGGAGAAAGACCUUUCCAGUGUGAGCUGUGCUUGAAAAGGUUUACUCAAAAGAGUAGUCUUAAUACUCAUAAACGGGUGCAUACAGGAGAAAGGCCGUAUGCCUGCGACAUUUGUCAGAAACGUUUUGCAGUGAAAAGCUACGUGACGGCACACCGUUGGAGUCACGUUGCCGAAAAGCCGUUGGUGUGCGACAGAUGUUCCCUCACAUUCACGUCCAAGAGUCAAUUCGCAAUACACAUCCGUACCCAUACCGCAAGUACCACGUACGAGUGUAACAUAUGCGGACGUACCUUUGUACGCGAUAGUUAUCUCAUACGACACCAAAAUCGAGUACAUCGUGAUAUGAAUCAAAGCAGUACGAAUCACAAUCCAUCUACGCCCCAGAGUACCGGUGGUGGCACUCCAGGUACAGGUUUCGAGAGUCCGGUUUGCGAUUUACGCUACAGCGAAGGACCUUCCUCGUUGGACGGCUUAGCAGGUUCGAAAGGAGGGAUCGCGGCUGAGAUCGCGAGUUUAGCCAAGCAAAACAAUCUUCAACUUCCUCUACCGUUGCUACAUCCGCAGACUACCAACUAGUGUUUAGACGACAACGUGCCCGAGUCCCUACCGCAACAUCAACAGUCACCGCAGCAAGUAGUAUGUCCCACCUCGGCGUCCUCGCCGUUCACACUUAAUUCACCAGUGUCUCACGAGCACACCACACCGCAGAGUGUCUACCAAACGACAGGCUCCUCCAGUUCGCUGGAUAGCCUCAACUCCCAACUUUAUCCGCAAAUAUCGUCAUCCCCCAUAGAUUCAUCGGAGUCGCAUCAUCAAUCGCAGCAACUGCAUCGCGGCAUUCCUCCGCCAGGGCUUCACCCUGCUCUGUAUCUCUACGCUCAGUACUCGAAUACUACAAGCAGCUCUCCCAUCCCGUACCCCGAAUAUAUUCAACGCAACAAUGAGUAAGUCAGUUUAUGCCAGCAAUCACGAUUUUUACCACGAACGGAGUGACGAUUCGCUCGAAACGCGGACUCUUUGAUCGCGUCUCGUUUAAUGGUGCUGGUUGAACAAAGUGCCUAAAGAGCAUCCACUUUCUGGAUCACGACGGAUGCUUAAUCACAAUCGUCGAUUAAUCGUUGAUAUUAAACAAUUUUUACGCACCGACUAAUUUUUAUUUCGAUCUUUUAACAAUGGAGUGGAUCAAUUGUGAAUUGAUUACCGUUUUGCACGUGUCUAUCUCACUUACAUGCUUCUCGGUCCAUUUAAUGGAUUAUCUAAAUACGAACGCCGAUAAGCGUAUUUUAACGAGAAUGAAAUAGCACCGUUCAAAGAGACGUGCACCACACGAUCGACGAAUCGAUUCGUUUCCACGGUCGUUCGAUUUUCCUUGUUUUUA